ACAGGUAAGAAAAGAGUUGUGAGAGAAAGACUGAACGAGAAAAGAAGCGAUGGCACACUACAGAGCAAGCUCAGAGGAAGAGAACAUGAUGAACAAGGCGAGUAGUCGCCGAAAAAUCAAAGAAGAAGACGAAGAGGAAGCCAUGAACGUAGCGGCUAUGGAGAAGUUGCAGCGUCUUCCGACGUACGACCGGGCAAGGAAGGCUGUUCUUAGAGGGAUCACAGGAGGUUUCAAGGAGAUUGACAUGAAAGAUCUUGGCUUCACGGAGAGAAGAGAGUUAUUCGAUAGAGUGAUGCCGAUGGAUGACGAGGAUUGGCAUGGAGAGUAUUUACAGAGGCUAAAGAGUCGUUUCGAUAGAGUCUAUUUGAAUCUACCAACGAUAGAAGUCCGAUUUGAGGAUUUAAACCUGACCACAGAAGCCUAUGCAGGAAGAAAAGCUGUUCCCACAGUCAUGAACUCAUUCGUUAACGUUGUAAAAGGUAUUGGGACGAAAAUCGGAGUUCUUAGGAUUCAGAAAAAGAGAAUCUCCAUUCUUAAGGAUGUGAGCGGGAUCAUCAAACCCGGCAGACUGACUCUACUUUUGGGACCACCGGGAUCUGGAAAGUCUACCUUACUAAAAGCAUUGUCUGGAAAGACAGAAACUGGACUAAAAUCUACAGGGAAAGUGACAUACAAUGGGCAUGAAUUGCAUGAGUUCGUGCCAGAAAGAACUGCCGGCUACAUUGACCAAUACGAUGUUCACUUGCCGGACUUAACAGUUCGAGAAACAUUAAAAUUUUCUGCAAGAUGCCAAGGAGUGGGAACAGGCUACGAUAUGCUUGCGGAGUUACUGAGACGGGAGAAAGACUUAAAUAUCAAGCCAGAGCCUUACCUCGAUGCGUUAAUGAAGGCAUCGGUUAUGAAAGGUCACAAGGAGUAUGUAGUUACAGAUUACGUUUUAAAAGUCUUAGGACUUGAGAUGUGUGCUGAUACGAUAGUUGGGAAUCAUAUGAAAAGAGGAAUCUCUGGUGGGCAAAAGAAACGCGUAACGACUGGUGAGAUGUUGGUUGGACCAGUGGGAGCUUUCUUCAUGGACAACAUAUCAGAUGGUUUAGAUAGCUCGACGACGUUUCAGAUCGUCAAGAGCAUCAAGCAAAUGAUCCAUGUUUUCGAUAAAACCGCUCUUAUAUCUCUUCUUCAACCUCCUCCAGAGACAUUUGAGCUCUUCGAUGAUGUCAUUAUUCUUGGAGAAGGCCACAUCGUUUACCAAGGCCCUCGGGAAAACGUCCUCGAAUUUUUUGAAUCUAUGGGGUUUAAGUGUCCCCAAAGAAAAGGGAUAGCUGAUUACUUGCAGGAAAUUUUAUCCAGGAAAGAUCAAGAACAGUAUUGGGUUAAUCAAGAGCUGCCAUAUCGUUAUGUAUCAGCACAACAAUUCAAGGAAGGCUUCAAAAUGCACCAUUUCGGGAGCACAAUACAGUCCCAGCUUGCAACGCCUUUUGAUCGAUGGGAUAAUCACAGAGCAGCCCUGACAAGGACCAAAUAUGGAGCUAGCAAGUUGGAGCUACUAAAGACAUGCUUAGAACGAGAAAGAAUUUUCAUGAAGAGGAACUUACGCACUUUUCUCUUGAAGUCACUUCAGCUCUUCAUCAAUGCAGUUAUAAUCACAGUUGUGUUUUCACAACAAAAGGAACAUCACAGUACGGUAGAGGAUGGAAUCAUAUACAUGGGAGCUAUCUAUUUGGAAGUGCAAAUGAUUGUAUUCUCUGGGUUUUUCGAACUUCCCAUGACUAUUGAUAAGCUUCCAGUGUUCUACAAGCAACGCCAUUUCAGCUUUUACCCAUCAUGGGCCUUCUCAUUACCAACCUCAAUCAUAACCUUCCCUUUAUCCUUCGUUGAAGUCUUCAUUGUGGUCUUCUUUACUUAUUACUUCAUUGGAUAUGAUUUUACCAUCACAUCGAUCUUUAAACAUUAUUUAGUUCUAGCAUUGUGCGGACAAAUGUCGUAUGGACUAUUUCGGUGCAUCGGUGCAGUGACUCGAAAUCAUGUGGUUGCAAACACAAUGGGAUGUCUUGNACAGUCCCAGCUUGCAACGCCUUUUGAUCGAUGGGAUAAUCACAGAGCAGCCCUGACAAGGACCAAAUAUGGAGCUAGCAAGUUGGAGCUACUAAAGACAUGCUUAGAACGAGAAAGAAUUUUCAUGAAGAGGAACUUACGCACUUUUCUCUUGAAGUCACUUCAGCUCUUCAUCAAUGCAGUUAUAAUCACAGUUGUGUUUUCACAACAAAAGGAACAUCACAGUACGGUAGAGGAUGGAAUCAUAUACAUGGGAGCUAUCUAUUUGGAAGUGCAAAUGAUUGUAUUCUCUGGGUUUUUCGAACUUCCCAUGACUAUUGAUAAGCUUCCAGUGUUCUACAAGCAACGCCAUUUCAGCUUUUACCCAUCAUGGGCCUUCUCAUUACCAACCUCAAUCAUAACCUUCCCUUUAUCCUUCGUUGAAGUCUUCAUUGUGGUCUUCUUUACUUAUUACUUCAUUGGAUAUGAUUUUACCAUCACAUCGAUCUUUAAACAUUAUUUAGUUCUAGCAUUGUGCGGACAAAUGUCGUAUGGACUAUUUCGGUGCAUCGGUGCAGUGACUCGAAAUCAUGUGGUUGCAAACACAAUGGGAUGUCUUGCUGUGAUGUGGCUAAUGACAUUCAGCGGCUAUGUGUUGUCGCGAAAUCAAGUGCACAAAUGGUUAACAUGGGCGUAUUGGACAUCACCAAUGAUGUAUAUACAGACAGCUGUUUCGGUUAACGAAUUCCGUAGCAAGUCCUGGAAAGAUGGUCUAGGAGUUGCGGUCUUAAAAUCGCGAGGAUUUUUUGUAGAAACUUACUGGUAUUGGAUUGGACUUUUAGCAUUGAUCGUAUCUACAAUCAUGUCCAACGUUAUUACAUCUUUGAGUCUGGCUUAUCUUAAACAAUAUGGAGUAUCCAAGUAUGCCGUUAUACCAGAUGAAUGUGGAGAGACUGAUAGCAACAAUAUUAUAACGGGAGUGGCAACAACGAGAACUUGCAACGACAAAAAAGUUCUUAUACCAUUCAAGCCUCUAUACAUGACGUUUGAGAACAUCACAUAUUCUGUUGAUACUCCCAAGGAGAUGAAAGAAAAGGGCAUAGCAGAGGAUAAACUGGUACUAUUGAAUGGAUUAAGCGGUGCUUUUAGGCCGGGUGUUCUUACUGCACUUAUGGGCGUGAGUGGCGCAGGCAAAACUACUUUGAUGGAUGUUUUAGCCGGGCGUAAGAACACAGGAUACAUUCACGGAGAUAUACAUGUUUCUGGAUUUCCUAAAAAACAGGAUAGCUUUGCCCGUGUUUCGGGUUAUUGUGAACAAUCUGACAUCCACUCCCCUCUCUUAACAUUAUAA